GAACUGGGGUUGGUCCAACGUGAAUUGUCUCCCACCGUCCCCCGCAUUCCUCGUCCCAUGACUCCAGACUCCCGAGAAUUCCCACCUCCUUUUCCCUGUGUUAUUACUCCAGCUGGGGAGUUGCCCAGGGAAAUUUUUGACCCUAAAAUAUCCAUUCAAAAUGAUGCUGCAGGGCCUCAUGGGAAUUGUAGUUCGGGUACCUCAUGUUCCCAUUCUCCUCUACAGCCUGGGCAUCUGGCCAGACUAUGUCUCCCACAAUACAUCACUUUCUCCCCUCUUGGUGGGGGGCAUGUGUCAAAGCUGCGGUGCAUUGUGGGAGAUGUAGUGCAGUCAGAGAGCCAGGCCGAGAGAUGAGAAGCAUGAGGCACCUGGAACGGAAGCAGGAGGCUCCAUGGCACCAAUAUUUCAUUUUUGGAGGGGACAAAAUAUCAGCAUCAGCCAUGGGGGAUCCAGGCAGCCAACCCCCAGCCCUGCGCCCCGGUCUCUCCGAAAGCAGAGAGGCCAGGAGCUUGGGGAGUGGCAGGCGAUGAGAACAGAUAGAGAGGCUGGCGAUGAGGGACGCCCUUGGACCCCACCUUCGUGGUGCGGCGCUCCGUCUCCAACGUCAUCUGCUCCGUGGUCUUCGGGGCUCUGUUCAGCUACGAGGAUGAGGAGUUCCGACGCUGCUCAGCCUGAUCCAGGUGAACCUCCGGCGCAUGGACACCGUCUGGGUGCAGCUUUACAAUCUCUUCCCCGCUGUCAUGGACCAUCUGCCCGGCCCUCACAACCGACUCUUCGAGAACUUUGAAGAGCAGAAGCGCUACGUGGCCAGGGUCGUCCGGAAGCACAGAGAGACCCUGGACCCAUCCGCCCCAUGGGACUACACCGCCUUCCUCAUCCGGAUGCAGCAGGAGGAAAAUGAUCCGGACACCAAAUUCCACCACGAAAAUUUUGAUCCUCUCGGCACUGGAUUUAUUUUUUGUGGGCAUGGAAACGACCAGCACCAUGCUGAGAUAAGGGCUGUUGAUUCUGCUGAAGUACCCUCACGUCACAGAGAGAAUUCAGGAGGAGAUCAAGCGAGUGAUCGGCCAGGACCGCACCUCCUGCAUGGAGGACAGGUCCAAGAUGCCCUACACAGACACUGUGAUCCACGAGAUUCAGCGGUUCGUCGAUAUCGUUCCUCUGGGCAUUCCCCACUCAGUGACACAGAACACCCAGUUCAGGGGAUACACCAUCCCUCAGAGCACGGCCAUGUUUCCCGUCUUGCAUUCUGUCCUGCAUGGCCCCACGCAGUUCGACGACCCGGAGACCUUCGAUCCCGGGCAUUUCCUGGACGAGGCGGGUGGAUUUCAGAAGAACACGGCAUUCAUGGCCUUCUCUGCAGGGAAGCGGGCAUGUCCUGGCGAGGGCCUGGCCCGCAUGGAGCUCUUCCUCUUCUUCACCUCCAUCCUGCAGAGCUUUGCCCUCAGCUCGCCCGCCCGCCCGCAUCAUGCCGGAGUACCACGGCUUCGGCAAGGUGCCACGUGGGUAUCAGCUGCAGCUCAUCUCCUGGUAAACACCAGCAGCCAUGCCGCGGUUGCCAGGCCUGGUUCCCCGUCGGCCUGCACCUUACACAGCGCGUUACACUGGUGCAAAACACUCCCAGGGAGAGGCAGGAGCAUUGUGCACAUGAGAAAACCAGGAGCAUGGCUGUGGAGGAUCAUGCGUGGGUGUGUGAGCCCUGUUCUGUGUGUAUGUGUGUGUGUGUGUGUGUGUGUCCCUGCCCUGGGGGCCGAGCCCCGCAUAUGUGUGUGUGUGUCUGUGUGUGCGUGUGCUGCCCCCUGCUGGAAAGCCUGAGCCCUGCUCUGUGUGUGUGUGUGUGUAUCCCAGCGGGGGAGGUGGCUGAGCCCUGCGUCCGUGUGUUUGUGUCUGUCUGUGUGUGUGUAUGUGCAAGGCGCACUAGAUACAGUCGCCAUGUCUGUGGUCUGGCUGAAGCCGACUCCCCUUCGGCAAGAGAAGCAGUUGAAAUACAAUCCAGUUUCACUGUGGUCUGAAUGUCUUUUUCGUCUUGUCCCUUGAGGGAGGAAGGAGGCCGGGGGCAGACGAAAGCUAGAACGGGCAAGAGCUGAGGAGAGGAGCAAAGACUUCUGGGAUGUUGCGCCAUACCCCAAGGGGGGACCUGCCCCCUGAGAAUCCAUCCCAGGGUUUGCAAACAACUCACUGCAGCAAGGGGCAGGACUUUGCCCCCCCAGUCCCAAAGGCCAGAACCACCUCUGGGCCAGGGCACCGCUGAGGUCCCACUAGCUGUGACUCCCCCACAAUACAGACUCAGUCGGUUAGUGGGCCAGGGUGGAGCCGGCAGUGGGCUGGAACUCAGGAGAGCUGGACUCUGUUCCAGUCUUGGGCAGGUUACUGCCUCUCGUUGUGCCUCAGUUUCCCCCAUACCCACAAGCACCCUUUGUGUGGCUAGGUCGUGAGCUCUACGGGUGUGUAGAACAUCAAGCAAAGUGGGGAUCCUGAUCUCCGCCAGGGCGCCCCAGGCACUGCUGGUGGGGAAAUAAUAAUUACGUACCCGCCGGGUAGGAAGCCAGAGGCCUGGCUCAGGUAGGGUGAAGUCCAACUCCCUGGGAGUGGGGACGGAGGAACCUGAAACCCUGCUACCUGCCCAGCACAUAGCAGAAACUGGCCCCAUUGACCCCAAUGCAGCCAUGGCCCAUUGACACCAGCUGGGGGCUGGCCCCAUUGACCCCAGGAAUGUUUCUUGUUUCGAAUGAGAGGGGUCUCUACACACUCGUCAAUAGGACGCUCUGUGCACACGUCUGCAUCCCAUUGACACAGCCGAGAGCCAAGCGGGCGUCUCCCCCGUGCUGGGAGAGGGACCAGCCACUGCGUCCCCAGGGGGGUUACACUCCCUGGGCCUACGUCCCCUCUAAGCUGCAGCCGCACGGCAGCCUGUUAGCUCUGCACAGGCGCUCGGGGCUGCAGUGCUGAGAGAUGCCUCCCCCUAGCCCUGCCACGGCGGGGAGAGGGGCCCCUCCCCAGCCCAGCCCCACCCUGCCCU